CAGAAAGGCAACGGCGAUAUGUACGGCGGAAGUACUGUGGUCUUUUUGUAUCAUGCUUAAAAUUCGGGACGCGAUUUAUUUGAAUAAUCGUUUAACCAGGCAUAGUUAAUUUGAAAUUUGAACAUGUCAUGAUCUCAUAUCUUAUUUAUGUUUAUCCUUGAUUUCUUUUUAUCUUGAUAGUUGGUAAUUUGUAUUUAUCAUGAUUAUGACCAGGACUACGCGCACCGUAGAUGAAAUUUGUACUGAAAAUUGAACGCAAAUUAUACAUCACGGUGCCAAUGUUCGUUUAUGUUACAUUUCAUCUACGAGCGUUAACGUAACUCAAGACAAUUUGAUAUACAUAGAAUCUCAUUUACGGAAAUUUAGCAUAUGGAAAAAAUAGAAAACGAAAUCAAGAAAAUGAAUCAAGACGGGGAAGAAACACUCGAAACGAUCAAGCGGCUUCGAACGAAUACAAGGCGUAAGUUUACCCGUAAAUGCAAUGCAUUUAUGGAGUUAAGUCGUAAUGACGAACACCUUUUAGUUUUGAAGGAAAAAUUCGAGGAUAUCAGAGAAGCACAUAAGGAAAUUGACAAAAUCAGCGAUCGGUUGCUCACUGUUAUAAAUAGAACCGCUUCUCACGUAGUGAUGAAUUCCCUACUAGACGAAUGUGAUGCCUUUAUGAAAGAGGUCGAUUCAACGCUGGAUUCUAUCAGGGCUACAUAUGACCGUCACAUGCCCGAAAAUGUUCCUAAACGAUCAGAAGUACACGUUAAGCCUCUAGAUACUCCUCGGUUCUCGGGAAACAUUCGCGAAUACUCCAGUUUUCGGCAAGACUUCAAUCGUUUAAUGACAAAACAGUAUGGAAAAGACGCAUAUGCUCUGCGCUCUUGUUUGACCGGUCCUGCACUAGAAACAGUUAAGGGGGUCGAAGACAAUUUUGACGAGAUGUUUUAUCGCUUAGACAGGACCUUCGGUGAUCCUAGAAAAUUUGUUGAUGCAAUUAUCCAAGAACUAAAAUCCCUCAGAACUGUCCCUGAGGGAGACAGUAAAAAAUUCAUUGCCAUGGUCGAUACAAUAGAACGUUGUUGGCUAGACUUGAAGAAAAUGGACCUUGCAGAGGAAAUGGAUACAGUUGCUAUGAUUAGCAUGGUAGAGCGAUUGUUACCACCUACACAAAAACGAGAGUGGAUCUUGAGGGUGGAUUCAAAGGGCAGGGUGUCAAAGAACAUGUUUGAAGAUUUUUUACAGUACAUUCUUCAGGAAAAACGUGUAAUUGAAUAUAUGGAACACGAUGUGCGAAUGCUGGGCAAAAAUCGAAAUGUAAAUCAAACUAUCAUCGGUACUCUGACCGAAUCUGUCGACGAACAAAGGAACCAUAUGGAGAAAAUGUGCUCUCCAGAAGAGAACCAAACCUUAAGUCAAAGACAAUUUCUUGACGAGAUAGAAAAGGUUACAAAUCGUUUAGAACAUAUUGCUCAAGUCUCCAAUGUUUAUGGCGCUAAUCGUCCGGACUAUAACAAAAUGCAUCGCACGGGAUCAAAUUUCCGAUGUUGGAUUCACAAGACAGGAGACCAUACCGUCGCCUCAUGCCAUCGCUUCUGUAAAAUGACACACGAGGAGAAAUUAGUCAGCAUGCGCCAAGUCGGAGCCUGCUUCAAUUGCCUGCAAAUAGGACAUAUAGCGAAGGACUGUUUGCAACGCACAAGGUGUCAGAUAAUUGUUUCUGGCCAAGCAUGCGGGAAGAGGCAUCACUCGCUAUUACACAGAACAACUGUUUCAAAAAAUCUACCCGAACAGCACAUGGCCAUUCACAAUACACAGACAAGGGACCAUUCAACUUUACUAGCGAUAAGUUCGGUUCGGUGUAACGAUCGCAAACUGACCGUUUUAUGGGAUUCCGGAGCGGACAUCUCGCUCAUAACACAUGCAGCAGCAGAUCGGCUAAAUCUGAUUGGAACUGACAUUGAAUUGUCUCUCAUCAAAGUUGGAAAUUAUCCCACGGUUCUAAAUAGCAAGAAAUACAAUAUUUCUCUAAUAGAUUUGCAAAACAACGCGUGGGACAUCUGCGCAUAUGGGAUAGACGAGAUAACGGCGGAUCUUCAAUACAUAGACGACAAGCAAAUUGCAUCAUAUUUUCCCGAAAUGAAACUUGCGGAUAUCUCCAGACCAACCGGCAAGGUAGAUCUCCUUGUCGGUGUUGAUUGUUGUGCCAUCAUGCCAAAUGUUGUGAAGACGGUUGGCAAUACCCAGUUGCUAAAAAAUCAGUUCGGAUAUUGUGUAAGGGGUUCAAUUGCUGGGACAAGCGGAAGGCGAACCGAACAAGACGAAUUAAUACGUACAAAUCAAAUGCUUCUACGAACGAACAAUAUUCAAAUCGAUUCGGUUUCAGCUACGCAGAACAUCCUCGAAGACUUCUUCAAGAUUGAAAACCUGGGAAUCUGCUGCAGUCCGAAAUGCGGGGGAUGCCGAUGUGGCAAAUGCUCGAUGGGGAAUUUGCCGUAG